CCCGGUAGGUCCACCUGUUGGUUUAUUGCGCGCCUCUCCUUCACACGAUACGCUCGACCAGCAAACUGCAGGCAUCAUCCAUUUCCUGAGCGGCCGGUGCACAGGCGCCAUGACCACAAGAAAGGAAGACAAGAUCCAUAGAUGACUGGGGUGGAGAGCUCGACCUGCCCGUGCAAGAAAGGCUAGCUGUGUUCUCUUUGCCAUGGCCGCCCUCGACUCCUUCCGGAACGGCGAUGGGAGGAGGCCGCCGGCAGCCUCCUCCUCCUGCCUCUUCUACUUCGGUCUGACGAACCAGCCGGCGAGACUAGCUGUCGAGACAACUCCCAGUGGAUGUGAAUUAUCAAGAUGCACUUGGGAUGAUGGCACAAUCUUAUAGCAUCCAUCCAGUCAGUAUACAGACGCUUGAAAACUUUUUGGUUGCUCAUCCACUCGUGCAUACUAAGCGUCCAUUUGGGAGCGCAAUCUCAAUUCAAGUUAUGAAAGCCGAUGGCAGGUUUUUAUUGCUGGCUGUCAUGGAUGAGAUAUCAGAACAACAUUCAGAAAAUAUUAGCUGGGAUGGGAAUUUCAGUAUUGCUGACAUUCUGAUUGUUAAGUAUAAAUAUUCUAUAAAGAUGAAGAUUCAGAAGGAGCCCGUGAAGGUUCAGGAGAGUGCCGGACAACUCCAGGCAAAAGUCAAUGACCUAAAAAGAUUGGCUGCCAUAUUUUUACCGCUCUAUGAGGAUGCCAAGGGUGUUUUGCCAGUUUUCCUUGAUAAAUUCAAACAAGACCUCGAGGAAGUAACUACUGGGCUGGUUGAGGAGAAGUGGUUCAUGGAAUAUUUGACUUAUCACGUUGGCAUCAUGCCAACGACUGCUCGUAGAAACUUUGCGACAUCGCUGAUCUCUAAAAAUUUUAAUAUCCUAAGGUCCAUUGUGCUCUCAAAACCGUCUGCAUAUCCUAAUAGUUGGAAAACAAUUGUGAAAUCGACGAAAAAUGGUAGCAUUACUCUUCUUCACGAUGUGUACUAUCAUGACAAUCCUUGUACCGCAGAGAGGCCUGAUAAAUAUGAAAGCACUGUGCGUGGGCUUAUCAGAUUUAUGCGCAAUGUUAUGGAGCAUGGCAAGCGUCAUGAACAAAGGUCUUGCGACUAUGAAUUGGAGAUAUAUCUAGCGUGGAUGUUCCCUAAUUUUCUUCCAGGCUUAAUGCGUACCCUGCUGCAACGAGGAAUCAUGACAAAACAUUUGGAAGAUAUCUGGUCAGCUUUUAAAGCAUCAAAGUCAGAUAGAUGGGAUCCAUGAUCCAUAUAAUUGCGAAGGGAGGAGGUAUGUAUUUAUGUAUCCAUUGGUCUGAAUGGUUCCAAGAUUUAGUACAUCCUAUGGCGCACUGAUAUAUUGAUUAGAAUUUAUAAUUUGCAUUGUUAUAGCUAAUGUGUAGAUUGUUGGUGCAUCGCUAAAACGUGCCCCCCUCUUAUGAUUUGUCAGUUUUGUGGUCUCAUGAUUGAGUUUAUAAGGUUGCAGUUCCUUCAAAAAAAUUGGGAAAGGAGCGGUAUAUUGAAGAGGUCAGUGAUGAAAUGUUAUAUGUGUACAAAGAUGUACUUUCUGGACAUAUAUCCCAUUCUGUCAGAAAAAGGAGAAGCAGAAUGUACACGACUUUACAUUUUACAUCUACUGUUUGCUGACUGUAAGUACAUAUAAAAAUAUGCAUUCUCUCUUUGAGAUGCAUGGCUUGUAAUACGUGUAUAUACAUAUGUUGUAUCAUGUAUUGUAGCUAAAUGUUUGUAUAUAGUGUGGUAAAUGGAGAUUAUCCAUGAUGUGUA